AAAACUGGUGAUGAUGAUGACGAGAGUGAAGUGAGGCUCAAAACCCCGUGACGCCAAGACCCGGAUCAGGACAUCUCUCAGGCGACUUUCUCCUCUUUCAGUUGUGCUUGUUGCAUGCGGGGUUGGGCAACGAGCAAGGCGCUGCUGCCACUGCAGACGCUCUCGAACCUUGCUUUAUUCAACCUCAGUUACCAAGCAGAGAAAGAAACCUCUAUCUUCUAUAGUCUACUCUGUACUCGUAUCCAGCUUAUCCGUUGAGUACUAUUAUCCCGGAGUAAGAUCGCCAUCAUGGGAGACCCUGGCCUCGGACUAUCGCAGAUCCGGGGAAUCGAGCAAACUACCCUGCCUACUGAGGCGGAGGUGUCAGUCCUGGUGACAGGUUUUGGUCCGUUCAAAGCCUACGCUGCCAAUGCCUCGAAUUUGAUCUCUUCGUCUCUCCCAUCGUCGUUUACUCUCCCUUCGGCGGUCCCCUCAUCCGCGCCCCGAGAGGGUCUCGUCCCCACUUCCCGUCGUGUCUCCAUCCAUGUCCAUCCCACUCCGAUACCCGUGGCCUACUCGACGAUCCGGGAGAUAGUGCCGGCCAUUCUAGACGAAUAUGCAAAGAAUCAUAGUGGUCGACGACCGGAUAUCGUGAUCCAUAUGGGCAUAGCUGCAACGAGGGAUUGCUAUUCGGUGGAAACACAGGCACACCGCGAUGCGUAUCAUCUUUCGGAUAUCACUGGCAGAUCGGGAUUCCUAGAUGGUGAAAUGCAUUGGAGACAGUUAGGGCUGCCUCCGAUUCUAAGGGCCGGCUGCGCGACGGAUGUUCGUACAACAGUAAAUGCACCGGCAAUGGAAAUACCAGACACGGCUUUUGGCUCGAAAUCACAGCAGGCUGUGCAACGACAUGCACACCCACGCCCGCCGGAUGACCAUUUUGUCGAUAUAUGGAAGACAUUUGCGCCUCCUGGAGCGGAUCUUCGCAUCUCGAAGGACGCAGGUCGUUACGCUUGUGAAUUCAUCCUCUACACGAGUUUGGCACAGGCGUUUCAGGAAGGCCGGGACCGCAAUGUUGCUUUCUUCCAUGUUCCUCCAUCGUGUAAUGAUGAGGAUAUUGAAUAUGGGAGGAAUGUUGCGAUUGCCUUUAUCAAAGCGCUUGUAACAUCCUGGUUUGGUGAAAAGGCUAGAGAUACAUAGAAAUCUAUGGUUUCAUUAUAUAUAGCUCGCAUUGACUAGCAAGGGAACGUCAGCGCAACAACACAAUAAAUUCAACAUCUGCCCCAUUUCCACCAAUCUCCCUAUCCUCUCCUUACUCUUUAACCAUCUUUUUCUUAAUCAUAUAGAAAAUAGCACUAUACAUUCGCUUGACGCUUUCGGCAAUUCCCCG